GUGACCUCCCUGACUGCAAAUAAUAGGGGUUCCAGCCAUUUAUCCCAGUUUCUAGUGUCCUCACGCAUGAACUUAUGAAUCAUAUUCAUUAGGGAUCGAUUAAAUCAUUUGACCAGCCCAUCAGUUUGUGGGUGAUAAAUGCUGGUGUGAAUCAAUUUAAUCCCUAGCAAUUCAUAAAGUUUGUUCAGUGUACGUGACAUAAAUGUGCUUUGAUCGGUGAGGAUUUCCUUCGGAAUCCCCAACUGGGAGAUCAUUUUGAAGAGUGCCUCUGCAACACUGCGUGCUGAGAUGUUGCGCAAAGGCACUGCUUCCGGAUAUCACAUUGCAUAGUCCAUCAGGACUAAUACAAACCGAUAUCCACGUGCUGACCGCUCUAAUGGCCCGACGAGGUCCAUGCCAAUUCUUUCGGGCGCAAUGGCACACUUGGGGUGGCCGGUGGAUUCACCAACUGACAUUCACAGCAUGCUGCACACCAUCUGCGAACAUCCCCAUGAAUGCCCGGCCAAUAAAAGUGGGCCAUUAACCGGUGCAGUGUCCUUUCUUGUCUUAAGUGACCCGCCAUAGGAUUAUGGUGAGCUGCCUGGAAAAGUGUUUCCUGACAGCUCUUUAGGACUAAUAACUGGGUUGUAUUUUCAUGGGUUUGAGUGUCCUUGUCACUCGAUACACCCGUCCCUACUAAUCGAAAAAUAUGGAUAUGUGAGUGCGACGUUAGGCUGGAGCUGCUGGCCAUCGAUCACUCUCACUUGGUCAAAGGUGUGCUUAAGUGUUUCGUCACGUGACUGCUCUAGAGGGAAAUCCCCCUCUGGGUAUUCCCUAAGUGCGGGAAUGCCAGUGGAUUCCCUCCCUCCUACAUCACUGAUGCUGAGCAGCCACAGAGGACCCCGGCUCCGCCUCCCCAGCCAUCGCGUCAAAUGUCACACACCGAGAUUUCGGUUUAUAGGACCCAUCCACAUAUCGCUUUUAAUAAACUUUUAAACCCCAGCCAUUUGGUCCCCAAAAUCAGUGGAUGGGUGAGGCGGGAAUUAACCAUGGCCUCCACUCUAUGCUUUUUCCCCUGGAAUUGAAUAAUGGCUGUCACUACCGAAUAAUUGUGAACAUCACCAUGCACACACCUCACCAUUAUCUUGUGUUUUGCACCCAAAGCCCCAUCAUGAACCAAGCCGUGGUGAAUCGAGGUUUGAUUACAACCAGAAUCCACCAGGCCGAUCGGGGGCGGUCUGUGGCAUGUCGGGGACCCAGACCCAUGUCCCCACCUCCAUUACAUGUCAAGGCUCCCCGCAAAUCCAACAGACCGGCCCAGGCUUCCCGGCUGCACUCGUGGCAGCAGAGACAUCAUCCUGGGAGAGGCGAUGGAGAGGGAUGGGGGGACUGGCGUAUAGUGCAGCCCACAGAAGCGGGGCACCAAUUUGGAUGGCAAAACUCCCCAUUUCCAGGGAGCUGUUACAGGAGGAAAGGGAGGGACAAGAGGGGGAGGAGCACCAGGAGAGAGAGAGAUAUGUGGACUGUUGCUCACCUGCUUCUGGAUAGGCCACAAUAUGGGUGAUGGCACUGGACCCAUUCUGUGGUUCCCUGGGGAAGAUGAACAGUCAACUGCUCCAGCACCAUCAGAUCGAUGACAUCCUCCACGUCGCGGCCUUCCUUGGCUAGCACACACUUCCGGCAGGCAUCACUGUGUUGCUGGGCAAAUGUGAAUGGGUGGCUGGUUUUGCUAAGGGUGAGGGAGUGGAACUGCUGCUGAUGUUCCGGCAUGUGGCCGACCCGUUGCAGGACAGCUGACUUCAGCUUCGAGUAGUCCAGGCGGUCCUCAGCAGGUAAUUGCUGUGCCGCGAGCUGGGCCUCCCCAGAAAGCAACGGCAGCAGGUGGAGGACCCAUUGUGAUGGUGGCCAGCCGGAUCGUCCUGGGGCCCCAUCUUCAUGAGCACAAGGUGCGGCUUCAUUGCUGCUUCCGGGGCCGCUGUGGAGGACCCGCCUGGAGCUAACCAGCUCCCUAAGGCCUGCCGAUCCUCGGCCUAUAACUGAAGGAGUUCCUGGAUGCGGUGCUCCUAGGCAAGGAGAGCUUGAUGGAGAGUCUUCUGGAUGCUAGUCAAGGUGCGGAUGACUUCGCCCAGCGGUGAGGUGUCCAUGGCAGCCAGUCUUCUUCCCAAAUCCCUGGUUUCGGCACCGGUGUAGAGAUUCUGAGGGUUGGAGGAAAGAAGGAAGCGGGAGUCGCAGUCCACAUGAUGUCAUCAGAGAUCCUCAUUCCUGGUUGGCUGCAGCAGCUGCUUGUCGUGCUCCUCAGGUUCACCCUUUCGUGUUCCGCCCCAGUGGACCUGACCAAUGGGACAGAGUGCGCCGCUCGAGGACCUGCAUCCUACAUCCUGGUGUUCACUGGCCACUGGAGUCCUCAGACCUUCCCGAAACAGUAUCCCUUAUUCCGACCCCCUGCACAGUGGUCAAAAUUAAUGGCUGUGACCCAUAAUGAGCAGUAUCGACUAUGGCAGGAGGGUGCGCCGGCGAGCACUGGAAUGCAGAGCUUUGCGGAGCUGGGUCUGACAGCGGAGCUGGUGAAGGGAGCAAAGGAGGCGAGAAAGAAGAGGGCAGUGGGGUCCAUGUACCGCACAGCUGGGAUCCCCACUGGCAUCGGCCACAGCUCCACAGAACUGCUUUUGAUGCCCAGGAGUCCACUGCUGUCUCUGAUAGUGAAAGUAAUCCCCAGUCCUGAUUGGUUUGUGGGGGUAGACAGUCUGAACCUGUGUGAGGGCAGCCAGUGGAAACAGGAAGUGACCUUUGACCUGCACCCAUUUGACGCCGGCACGGAUAGCGGAUUCACUUUCUCCUCACCAAACUUUCCGACGACACCACCAGAGAAUAUCACCGUGAUCACAUCUCAGAAGCCAAACCACCCUGCAAAUUCCUUCUAUUACCCUCGGCUAACGGAACUCCCGCCUCUGGCCACCAUUUGGCUUAAGCGACAGGCUCGCUCACCUGUCCGUCAACAGAAUCGGGUGUCUAAUCAUAUUCUGCCCGAUGUAACCAAAUCUCAGAGAUUCUCAGAAACGCCAUUGGACUGUGAGGUGUCAAUGUGGUCAUCUUGGGGCCUGUGUCAGGGGCCGUGCUCUCGCGGCAGACUGCGUCAUCGCACCCGUUAUAUCCUUCUGAAACCUGCCAACAGCGGCACGCCGUGCCCCGAGUUGGAGGAACAGGAAGAGUGCACGCCACACAACUGCCUCACAUAUCAGUGAUGCUGGUCACAACACUGGCAUAGACACUUCGACGCGUCCACGUGUCCAAGGAGAGCCGAAUUUAGCCUCAUGCCAAUGCUGAGCCACAGCUGCAGAAUCCGGGCGAGCAGCCCAAGUGGACAUCAGUGAGCUGCAUCGGCCUCUCUCUUCACUGGAAAAGAAUGCCUCGUAUUUUGUUAAUAGGGACUUUGAUUAUGGGUGCUGUAUUUACAGUAAUCUGUGUAUCUUUACAUAAUCGCACUGUACUUCGCCAAUGUAGAUCUGUGGAAGAGACAACUUUCAGUUGCCAAAAACACUGUUUUAAAAGUAAUCCUCUAUCUCACAGCAAUAGCAACCAUUUACAGUAGCCUAGUUGAGUUUUUGAGUGAUCUGACAGAUGGUAUUCUUCACAAAUCAUUAGUAGUCCAUUAGUAGUCUGUCAAAGUCAAGUAACUGAUAAUAAUGAUAAUAUACGCUUGGAAAAAAAACACCAUACAAGUCUCAUACAAGCCUUAUUUCUAUGAGGACAGAUCAUGCAUUAAAAAAGCUAAAAAAUAAUGUCCAAAAUCAAUGCAGUUUACAGUAUUAUCAUGUGAAGGAGUGCACGUCAUUUCUCAUUAACCACAUACUGUUUAGACCAUGUAUAUAUGUUGUAUUUUAUGUUUCUUCUAAUAAUAAAAUAUGAAAUUCUCUCUCAGA